CUGCAGCUCUGCUGCAGCAGCUUGAGGUGUCUUAUCACUCUCGCGCAGCUUAUCCAGCACUUUAGCCAUGUACAGUGCCGAGAAUUGCUGCUCGUGCGGCUCCUGCUCCACUUCGGGCAUCAUGUUGGCAAAAAAUCACGUUUGUACCACCCAAAAAUUGAGUCUGUGCACGAGCAAAUCGCAAAAAUUGGGUCCAGAGAGCGCCGAUAGAGCAGGGUGGAAGUUGAAACAGAUGCCCUGCUCUUAUCCGCACAACGAGAUGAAGACGGCGGCUUCAUGCUGGGCACAUUUCCACAUUUGACAAGGGAGCAGCACAAUCAUCAUGUCCAGCACGCAGGAGCACAAACAGCACGACGAGCACAAGCAGCAUGACGACGGGCUGCCGCUGCUGGACGCGGAUGGACAUCCUCGGGACAGUAUCCACACGGCUCUGCUAGAGGACAAGACGCCUGAGAUUCUCUUCCAUGAGGACGCCAUCGGAGAGACUGACUCGGACGACGAGGAUGACGACGUCGUGUCUACUGACGGCUCGGUUGUCUUCGAUGACGAUGCCAAGAUGGUCAUGUACAAGUCCACGGGAAAAGUGGGCUCUAAGCAGAAAUGGGGACAUGAGCCUCUUGCAGCGGACUUCAAGAUGCUCAGCGUGGGUAUCGAAAUGUCCGACGGUGUUGUUGUUAAGGUGGAGGGCUAUUAUCUGCCUGAAGAUCAGAAGGCGACAGAAGGGAUGCAAACGUUUAAGCUUAAGAAGGACGAGUGUAUCACCAAGGUGCAUUUGUUCCGGGUCCGACGGGAGAUCCACGCGAUCCAGUUUGUGACCAAUAUGCGCACGUCGGAACGGUUUGGAGGUACUAAGCACGGAGAGUUAUGCAAGGCCGUGGAAGCGCCGGAGGGAAAAUACAUUGCCAGCUUCUUCGGCGACAUCUCCAGGGGCGAGGAGGAGAUGGAGUUGGGCGUACGGUUUGCGGACCGGCCCGUGGGUGGAGAAUCGAAUGAGGCGGAAGUAGCCGAGAUCGAUCAAGUGAAUUAACUGAACGCAGGCAAAAGGGUGGAAAACUUUUUGUGUUUAAUGCAGGACUAGAUGCUUGUUAAAACUUGCGUCACCGAUAGGACACGUUGCUAGUCUAAGGAGUUCCACAAAGAAGUCAAGUUGUAUUAUCCACACCUCUGUUCUUCUGUUCUGCUCACAUGUCAGUUCACUCAUGAUCUGAACGGUGGAUCUUCUGUAAGUAGUUUAUAUCGAUUUAGAUCUGGUUAAGCGUUAUGAACUCUUAAAAUUUCGGUCCUAGAUGGACCCCUCGCACAGAUGUGAAGGCUGUUGGGGGGAACUACUCAGAAGCCACCGGACAGAUCUCAAGUUGUUUACAUGCUUGCGAGCGUGGAGAUAUGUCACG